AUGUCGGCUUCGUCAUCAGCACAACCACUUUUGGCUCCAUCAGCCUUGUUAGUCUUUGAUUUUGAUAGUACUUUGGUGAGAGAAGAGAGUUUAGUUACCUUGUUGGAGUAUGCUUUGAGAGAAGAAUUGAGAAAUAAUAAUUCGAUUUCCGAUGAUGAAAAGGAAAAACGAUUGCAUGAUGCUCUUUCAAAAGUUAUGGAUAUCACCAACCAAGGAAUUAAAGGAGAAAUUCCGAUGACUGAAUCCUAUGCUAGAAGAUUGUCAGUUGCUUCACCAACAAUGAAACAUGUUAAAAAGUAUUUGGAAAGAUCAAUGGAUAGUGUUAUUACACCCAAAAUGGACACCAUCAUCAACAACGUGAGAGAGAAUUAUCCAGUUCCGAUUCAUGUCAUUUCCCAAGGCCCAAGAAUUAUUGUAGAAUAUUAUUCUAAAUUACUUUUCGGAAUACCAAGUGAAAAUAUCCAUGCGGUAGACGUUAAUUUUCCAGAGGAUGGUGCAGACAUCAACACUCACCAAUAUUUAUCUUUGAACGAUGAAAUGCUUGUAAAAGGAAAGAGUGCAGUAUUGCAAGGUAUUAUUGACAAGAUCAACAUUGACCACACUGACAGCAAGGUUGAAAACAUUAUUGUGGUGGGUGAUGGCGUUUCAGACAUGAACAUGAAACACAAUGGACCUGCAACGAUUGCCAUUGGAUUUGGAGCUAAUUUACUUUUCCAAAAAACCAAAGAAUUGGCAGAUUACUUUGUUUUAGAUUGUGAUCAACUCAAUCAAGUAUUGACACAACAAGUUCUAAGAGAUUGUGUAACAUUUAAUUUUUAUCCAGGGCCAGCAACAAUUCCUACUGAAGUUAUGUUAAAAGCCAGGGAUAACUUGUUAUGUUUUGAUAAGGGUAUCUCAAUUAUGGAAUAUUCUCAUCGUGCACCUAAAUUCAUGAAUCUGAUGGACAGUGCCGAGAAGAAAUUGAGAGAAUUGGUGAAUAUCCCUGAUGAUUACGCUGUUCUUUUCUUGCAAGGAGGGGCCUUUACACAAUUUUCUGCAAUUCCAUUAAACCUUUGCGAAAACACAGAAACAACAGCGAUUUAUGUUGUUUCAGGAACUUGGUCUAAAAAAGCUUAUCAAGAAGCAAAAGCUUUCAUGGGAGGCAACGCUGUACAGUUUGGCUUGGACGAAAUCAACAAUAUCAAGAAUGAUGAGUCAUAUUCAAAAUGUUCAUAUGUGUACUAUUGUGAAAAUGAAACCGUACAAGGAGUGGAAAAGCCUUCUACUUUCUUGGAUGACAUUGCCAAUGACGGAAAAAUAUUAGUUUGUGACAUGAGCUCAAACUUUCUUUCCAGACCUGUAGACAUCAGGAAAUACGGGCUUGUUUAUGCGUGUGCUCAAAAAAAUUUUGGAAUUGCAGGCCUUACCAUUGUGAUCAUUAGAAAAGAUUUAAUUAAGGAAAAAGAAAAUUAUGUGCCAUCCAUGCUUGAUUUCCAAGAACUUUAUCAAGAAAGAUCUCUUCUUAACACACCUGUUACCACAGCCAUUUAUAUGGCUGAUCUCAUAUUUGAUUGGAUCAAGCAACAUGGUGGACUGUCCGCAAUGGAUGAGCUUGCUCAAAAACGUGCCAAUCUUUUAUAUAACUGCAUCGAAAAGUCCUCGUUCUUUGAUUUGCCUAUCAAAAAAGAGUUUCGCUCCAGAAUGAAUGUUGUUUUUAAAAUUAAGGAUGUGACUCUUGAAAAGACAUUUAUUAAGGAGGCGGAAAGAGUUGGCCUCAUAGGUUUAGCUGGACACAGAAGUGUUGGAGGAUUUAGAGCCAGCGUUUACAAUGGAAUGCCAUUGAAAGGGGUUGAACGACUUGUUCAAUUUAUUAGAGCUUUUGAGAAUAUUUAUAAUGCUCAACACUAA